AUGGAGAUCUCUCAUUGCUUGAUGGACCGUGGGUUCAGAAUCACGUUCGUGAACACUGAGUUCAAUCAUGCCCGCGUCGUGGCAGCACUGCCAAAGAUGGGUGUUGUGGACGGACAGAUCCGUCUGGUCGCAAUCCCAGAUGGGAUGGCACCUGAUGAUGACCGGAAUGAGGUGGGCAAGCUAUGUGAAUGUAUUUUACAUGUCAUGCCUGGUGGUUUAGAAGAGCUGAUUCGUAAGAUGAAUGAGUCAGGUCAUGAUAAGAUCACAUGCAUCAUUGCGGAUGGGACGAUGGGAUGGGCUAUGGAUGUUGCUGCUAAGAUGCGGAUCCGAGGAGCUGUGGUUUGGACUGUUCCAGUGAGCCUUUGUGCCCUAAUGUUUCACGUUCCUAAGCUGAUCGAGGAUGGAAUCCUCGACGCAGACGGAUUUCCAACGAAACAUCAAAUGAUCAAGCUCUCCCCGACCAUGCCAGAAUUCAGCACCAAUCACCUAGUGUGGAUCUGCGUCGGUGACCGUGACACACAAAAGUCCAUCUUCCGAUACUUAUUCGAAUGCAGCCGAGCUGUUAAAUUCGCCGACUGGUUUCUUUGCAACUCAUUCUACGAGAUUGAACAAUCCGCCUUUGACUUGUACCCAAACAUCCUACCAAUCGGCCCUCUUCUCGCAGGAAGACGACUUGGGCGACUCGAAGGGAACUUCUGGCCUGAAGAUUCCACUUGCCUAAGCUGGCUCGAUGAACAGCCUGCCUGCUCAGUAGUUUACAUUGCUUUUGGUAGCUUUACUAUCUUCGACCGACGUCAAUUCCACGAACUGGCACUUGGGCUCGAACUUUCCAACCGUUCGUUCCUAUGGGUCGUUCGACCAGACCUCACUGGUGCAUCAUCGGACGCUUAUCCAGAUGGCUUUGAAGCCAGAGUGGCGGGUCGUGGGCGGAUUGUUGGAUGGUCACCUCAACAAACGGUGCUGGCCCACCCUUCGAUUUCGUGCUUCUUGACCCAUUGCGGGUGGAACUCGACCAUGGAAGGGAUGAGCAAUGGAGUUCCUUUCUUGUGCUGGCCUUACUUUGCUGACCAGUUACAAAAUCAAAUAUUUAUUUCUGAUAUUUGGAAGGUUGGGUUGCAGCUGAAACACGAUUCCAGUGGGAUCAUACCCAAAGAAGAGAUUAAGGGAAAGCUGGAUGAAUUACUUGGUGAUGAGGGUAUAAGAGUGAGAUCUUUAGAGCUCAUGCAGACUGCCUGAAAGAAUGUUGCCGAAGGAGGAUCUUCGUUUAAGAAUUUCAACGAUUUCAUUGAAGCAGUCAAGCUGAAGUGUUAGGGUGAAAGAGAUGAGCCAUUCAUUAGGUGGGCGCCGCUGUGAACAGGCUAUGGUUAUAAAAUCAAGCUGGUUAACUCGUCACUGGGGCUACACAAGUAUGGGAAGACUGAAAAAAAGAUGAGAAA